GCCGCCUCGGCCCCAGCCUGGGCCUCCCGCCUCCCCUGGCCUCGGGCCCGGCGCGGCUGCUCUGGAUCCCUCGAGAUUUAAGGCCGGACCUGGCCCGGCCCACUCCAUUCCCCUCAUUUCUCCCCUUCCCCUGCCCCGUCCCGUCUCCGGGCCCAUCUCUGGGGCGACCCUCGCUCGUUUAUGCUCUGGCCUCAGCUCACACUGCUCGCUCUAGCACCUCAUUCUCCUCUUGGAAGGGCAUUUUUUUCACCCCUCUAUUUCUCUGGCCCAGGCCCGCACCGCGCUUGCAAGCCCCACUCGGGCCGAGUGAGGUGGGAGGGGGUACAGAGGAGAUGGUCAGGGCCGCGGCGGCCUCCGCGCCCUAGGAGGGGCCUCCGCGCCCUAGGAGGGGCCUCAGCACCCUGUUCCCCAGCUGGGGCUGUGUGGGUGCCCAGAUAGGCCUUACAGGGCUGGGGAGUGAGGAGCUCUCGGGUUUGAGGCUGUGACGGAUGGGCGGCCUCUUUCCUGGGCCCCUGUGGUGUCCGGCUGCUCGGACAAAGGGUUUCCUCACCGGCGGAGAGGGACGUUUGCAUAGCCCUGCCUCAGGUACCCUGGAUUCCAUCCCCCAGGAAAGGGAAACCGUAACUUCACGUUUAUAGAGCUGCUUUGUGAAAUUAGGGAGGAGGCAUCGUCCUUAUCACUGCCGCCAGUUCUUUCUUCUCAAAAAAAAAAAAGAGAAGAGAGAGAAUCCUUGGCCCCUGGGGGAAGUGAUCACUCUUCUGUUAGAAACCAUGGGCAGCAAGGCCAGACUGCCUGACCCGGGGAUACACUCAACCCCCUUCCGCCUUAGGACUUGGAGCCAGAAGGGCCUUUUAGAAACAGGACCAUGAGAGAGUGGCUAGUAGAAGUGAGGAAUUUGCUAAACGGUGGAUGACUUGGUGGAAGGAAUAAAACAUGGCAGGUAUUACCUACUAAUUUGAACAUUAGGGAAAUCAAACGGCUCUGGAGAGUUGGGGGGAGGAAGUCUUUGCCUCAGCGAUGAACAUGCCCAGUGUUUUUUUUCCUGUGGAAACCUUGACAGUUUAUUUGUAUCUCUCCUCACACAGUAACAGUUUCUACUCCAGGGUUGAGAGGAAAGGUGAAAGAAUCUACUUAACCUAGCAAAAUGUUUUCCUAGCCAGAUUUUCUCCAGUGUGGAAAUGUUUUUUGAGUCAGUGAUUCCACUGGGUAGGGUCGGUGACAUCAGAGCCACUUCCCCCAUUUAAUGCUAUAAAUAAUAAAUGGCGAUACUGAAAGUCUGUUAGAUAGCCGCUUGGUUUCUGUGGAUGAUGGUAUCUGGGGAGUUGAGAUGCAUGUUUUAAAAAUGGAAGUACAGUAGCAUAAAUACAGAGGCAACUUAAUAUUUGCUGUCCUUUGCAUAAUUCACAAAACUAGACUUCCCCAACAUUCUUGAGAACUAGAGAAACAAACCAAACUCUGGUAGUUUCUGAUUUUUGUGUGGUUGUUUUCAAAGGGGGUACUGUCAAUUGUGAGUUUUUAUUUUCACUUAUUGAGUGAUUUUUCCUUUUCAGCAUAAUUUAUCAAAUUAUUGUAGUCAAAAAUUUGAUAUUCUGCAACUUUUGUGGUAGAUUAUUUUGGUAAAAUAUCUUAAUUGAAAUUACAUGUGUAGUAUGCUUAAGGAUGUGCUUAUACAAUACAUGUACCUACAACUGGAGGAAUACUUCAUAUUGAAAAAUUGUAACUUGGUACCUCUUUGAAAUUGGCUAUUCUGAGCUCCUUCCAUUUCCAUUCACUUAAAAAAUAACUAAAAUGUCUUUAUUUUCGAAGGGAUUAGGAGAAAUACAGUGAAACCCAAUUCACUGUCUUUGAGUGCAAGGGUAAAAAAAAAAAGAAAAUCCUGGUCCUAAAUUGGCUCCCUUCCGUAUUCAUAAGAUAAAAAGUUUUGAUAUUGUAUGAUAGUACUUGUCGCUGAUCUGGAAAGAGAUUCCAGUCUUUCAAGGACACUAUAAACUGAAAUUCUUAGAAUAUUUAACAGAGAGUAUAGUAGUAACGGUCAGUUUUAAAAUGGCUUUUCAUGUAAGAAUUUUGAUAUUCCCUGAAAGGGAUACCAGUUAAUACUUAAACAACCCUUCACAUGAACAUGCAUGUAUGUGUUUUAGUAUAGUAGAUAGCAUGUUUAGCUGCUGACUGAGUAAACACAGGGUCAAAUGUAGGAACGGUAAUGCCUUAAAAUCGAAUUGCACCUGGUUUUCUGUAUUCACUGCAUUUUAGUAACAGUUUCUAGAACUAGGUUAAAAACAUUUUUUACAUUGGUCUCAAAAUAACAUGAUUGAUGGAGGGGAAGGAGUUAAAGUGAUGAUGUUUUGAAAGCCUAAAACAUGAAAUAUUUUUAGAUUUUAUGAGUCAUCUUCAAUACUCAAAUAUUUGUGAUUGCGCUGCCUGUACCAGUUUAGUAUAUAAUGGUUAACAAGGUAACAUCCACUCGACAUCCCAGAAUGUGCUAUAUUAAAAAGAGAAAGCAGACUUUUUGGGUCCCUCCAUUUCUAAAUUUUCAUCCCUCUACUUUCUUUGAUAAUUUUUCUUUUUGCACUUUUGAUAAAUUGACUAGCAAAUAAAGCCGGUGAUAGCAGAAUAGUUAAAUCUUCAAAAUACAAUCCCUAUUGUGACUCCUACCCCCUUGUGAGGCAUAGGCUAAUAUAGUGUGCUUCUCCAACUGACCUACUUUGUGGGGUUUAGACUUUAAUAGGGACUAUAGACUCUUGAUGGAGACAACUGACUUUACAAUUGCUGAUCGUGAAUAAUUUAACUACCAAAUGACAUUCAUGGCCUUGUAUUGGCCCAGUAUUAUACCUACCUAAUUUGUGGGCCUAGUUUUUAAACUUCUGACUUUGGUAAAAAUCAGCUUUAUUAUUAAUGAGAUAGAAAAGUAGUAAUCCAUUUUGAAAAUAUACAAAGUUCACUGGGCCAUGUCUAGUACAGUGGACUUCACUGGAAGGAAUUAAAAUUGUGCUUUAUAUAUUGGAUGAUAUUUAUUCAUUUUUAAGGUAGGAAUAUGAGUUGAUGCUCAGAUACUCAUCACUAGGAAGCACUCACAGAGCUGCUGCUGGAAGAGAAAGAUGGCUAGUCCCCCCGUUACAAGGUAACAGGAGUUGAUGUUAAAAGCUUAGAAAAGGUAAUCUUGGCCUCCAUAUGUGUGAGCACUUCUCUUCCCCCAUUACACAAGUAAUGUGCAGUUUAUACUCUAUUGUUAGUUGUUGAAUGAUUUUCUUCUUUGCCAAGUGACCUUUCAUGAGUCAUUUCCCUUCCUGUCCGAUCACUAAGUGGGUAUAUUAACUUGUUGAAUGAAUAUAGGUAAAAUACAUUGGACCUUAUUAAGAAGGUGUGGUAUAAAUGUUAUUUUUAGAGCUGUUGAAGCAUAGAUAGGCCACAAGGCCAAGGAGAUGAGAAGAACUGAUAUGAAGUUAUUGGGUAUUUUUCUGCUUUUGAAUCUUUUUUUUUCCUUCCUAUCAUUGACUUUCUUAGCCAGAUCAGUGGAAUUUUUUAGUGACUCAAGAAACUGGAUCUUACUUUGCCACCAUUACUUGUCCUCAUCUACCUCUAAUGGUGUGUUAGCUUACCAAAUGCAGAUGAAAUAGAUACUGUUUUAAAUAGGGUCCAAAUGAAAUAAACCACGUACAUGUUUAUAGACCUCAUUGACCUGUCUCAGUUUUUGUCCCCGAUUUUGGAGUAGGAGUUCCUGGGUAGUGUGCAAAUGGUUAAGUGCUCAACUGCUAAUCGAAAGGUUGGUGGUUUGAAUCUACCCAGAUGUGCCUACGAAGAAAGAUCUGGUGAUUUGCUUCUGAAAAGUCACAGCCUUGAAAACCCUCAGGAGCAUAGUCCUACUCUACAAAAUAUGGUGUUGCCAUGAGUCAGAAUCUACUCAAUGCCAACUGAUUUUGGGGCAGGUUGGAUGUCCUUUCAGAUUUGACAAGGACAAACAUGUUCCUGCACACAGUCUUGGCACUCUUGGCCCCUGACUGCUGUAGUUUGUAUUAUGAAAACCAAGAAUAUUAGCACAGGAGAAUCACUGGCCCACCAAAAAAACCAAACCAAACCAGACCCAGUGCUGUUGAGUCGAUUCCGACUCAUAGCGACCCUAUAGGACAGAGUAGAACUGCCCCAUAGAGUUUCCAAAGAGCACCUGGCGGAUUCAAACUGCUGACCCUUUGGUUAGCAGCCCUAGCACUUAGCCACUACGCCACCAAGGUUUCCUACUAGCCCAUAGAACAGCACAUACAUCUCUGUGAGUUUCUGCUCGGUGACAUCCCCAGAAUCCUGGGUUCUGCCUUGUGAUGCUUGCACUUCAGGGCAGGGCUUUGAACCAGUUAUUCCUGGUUCAGUCAUGGCCGAGGAUGUGAAACUGGAACAUACCUGCAUUAAUAAAAAUUGGCUGAACUGGAACAGUAACUGGAAUGGGAAGAAUUACAGGUCAAAGCCCUGCUAGAAACCUAAUCUCCCUCUUAGAAAACAAGGGCAGCGUACAUGUUGCAUAGCAACCAAAUUUCUGACCCCCGUAGGAUUUUGAGUAGAGUUGGAAACAGCAGUGUCAUGCUUUAAGAUGGCCAUUUUGAAUGUGGGUUGCUCUCCACAGUCUGCCAAUAAUUCAGUCUCAUGCAUCAGGCUCCUGAAAGGGCUUACUAUGCCUCUUCUGAGUCUCCCAUUGCAGGGCUUUGACCUGUAAUUUUCCCCUUCUGGUUACCAUUUUGGAGCACCCAGAUUGCAGAAAUCCUUGUCUGCCUUGGUUUCACUUCAUUGGCUAUGACUGAACUGGUUUGAAGCUUUCCUUUAAGGGAAAGAAAGCACUUCAAGUCCUAGUGAUUCCAAUUUCAACCUCCCUCCUGGCUUUUCCUUCCACUUUCUUUACUUAUUCUACAUUCAAGCCAAAGCAUGGAGGACCAUGGUCCUCCAAAUUCUGUUCUCACUGUUCCUCUGACAUUACUAAAAUGAACUGACUAAGCCUGUAAGCGUACUGAUAUUAACCAAAUGGAUCUAAUAGUUAGCUCUCUGGCCCGAUUGGCUUAGGUCAUAAUUCAGCAAUCCUCUCUUUCACUGUCUCUGAUAAAGUCCUGUCCAGCCUCAAAACAAUUCAGAUGCCACCACUUUUGAUGUCUUUUUAUAUUAUGGUGGCAAAUAAUCAUCUUGGUUUUAUAUCUGUAGCAAUGUCUACAUGAUAAUUAUUGUUAAAUGAAGUGGAUGAACUCUGGCACUUCGUGUUUCUCUUUUGGCAUUUAACACGUUCCCGGCUUGUAUUAUUCUUACAUUUUUUCUCCCCUGUUAAAUGAUAAACUCCUUGAGGGAAGGGAUGGGGCCUUAUUCUUUCUUCUAUGACACAUAACUCCUUUGACACACUGGUGCCUUCUUAUAUUAGGUGUUCAGUAAAUGCGGAGUUGAAUUUUCCUGUUGAUUGUUUUCGUACAUUAUUGCCUUCUUCCUGCAUCUUAACCAUCCUCUUUUCUGGAAAUUCUCACUCAGGCUAUUAACUCUCACAAAACUCUGGUCCUAACUUGUGUAGGACUUGCCAUACCUUUCUAUAUAUUAUAAAGUCUUGUGAUCCGAGGCCGUAUCCGAUUGUCCUUUGACUCCUUCACAGUGUCUUGCUCAUGGGUGCUCAAUAGAUAUUCAUUGAUUAAAUUCAUGUCAGGUUUGUUUUUUUUUUUAAAUGAUGUGAACGUUUUUAAGAUUUUACUCUGAUAAUUUUAAGAUAAUGGUGGAGAUGGAGUAGAAAAGACUGGUGAGAGGGAAGAGGAGGGGGACGUGAUAUAUGGCACCCAGGAUACCCAUAGAUACUUUAACCAUUAUUUACAGACUUACAUACAUACAGAUUAACUUAUGUACACCCUAGAGGGUGGUUGAUCACAAAGUACUUAGGAAACCAAAUUCGUUUUAUAGCCGUUGGUGCGAAUUUGCCAAAUAGAUUCUAAGGGUUCUGUGACUUUAGAAAAACAUGAUUUAGCAGAAAGGGCAUGGGCUUUAGAGUAAGUUUAUAUCCCAGCUUUGUCACUUGUUAGCUGUGACAUAUUGAGAUAUGGUUUCAUUAUCUGUAAAAAUAAGCAAACACAGGUAUUUCUCCAGGUUGUUGGGAUGAUUAUAUGACAGAUGUGUGAAAAGACCUUGCAGAGACUUGUCUCCCACCAAGUGCUCGCCAUGCAAACUUUCCCCCUUAAGUACAAGGACCAUAUUUUGUAAGGCAACAUUAGACAGAUGGUGUGAAAAAGGUUUUAAUUUUUUCCCCUGAAUUGAAUUGUUAGAUGUAUUUGUGUAACUUUACAGAGGUCUAAAAUUCAGGUGCUUCUAGCCACAUAUUUAAUGAGACAUCUUUGGGAGAAAUGAUGAAAUCAUAUAGAAUCAGUACUGUCUUGGAAAAUCCAGGAGGUAGUGUUAAAAUGACCGUGAACUACCAAUUUGUCAUUAUUAGACCUGUGCCCUGUUUAAAGUAUCUUGGUGGAAAAAGACUGGUGAUUAGUUAAUAUUGACUUUGAGCAUUGUGAUUUAUGUUUGGUUGGUUAAGUUUAGACUGGGAAAUGAUGGCUUGAGUUCUUAUUCUUGUAGCAGAGCUGAUGAUUUUGAGCUUUAACAGAAUAAUCAGUGAGUAUCAAUACAAGAUUUCCUCCUGAGUUGUAUUGUUUUCAUUGAAUUAGUUGACAAAGGGAGAAAAACCUGUGGGGUCAAGAAUGUACACGUUACCCUCUGUUAAGUUUCUGUUGGUCACAAUUGCUUAACAGGAAGUUCGUCUUGUAGGCAAAUGAGAGACAGACCAGGAAGACCUGACAAUCCAGUAGGGUGUCUCUAACCUGUAUCUUAAUUAUUGUUUGAACAAAACUCAAAGAUUGCAGAGUUUUGUGAUGUCAGCAGGAAGCCUUUUUAGGAAAUUCCCUCUCAGGAUUAGUCAGUAAUGAAAACCUUCACGGAAAGUCGUGAACUAGAAACAGUGGGACAUUAACAUGAAAAAUGGAAAAAAAUUGCCUCUGCUUGUGCGUAGAGAGUUGUGCAAAUGUAAGUGUAAUGAAUGUAGGAUGCCAUUCUCCAAUAGAAAGCCUCUGAUCUGCAGAAGGAAAAGAAAAAUCAAGCGAGAGCUCUACUCUCCAUAAAAAGGAACUUGAGUAAUUUUUCAUUUUCAAGAGUUAAAUUUAGACCAUUUAACAUGUUUUGGGAACUAAUAAUAAAAUCUAUGUUGGUUCUGUGAAAUGACCAUUUGAGAUACUCAAAGGGGCAGAGGAAAGGAAGAACUCAGUCCUGACACUAGUCAGGCAUCUGGUAAUCUUUGUAUCUCUAGCAUAAGGCCUGCCAUCGAUGAGUUAUUCAAAAUAUGUUUAUUUGAAGAGAAAAGGGAAAAUUAAACCCACUAGUACUCAGUGGUAGAAUUCUUGCCUUCCAUGUGGGAGACCGGGGUUCAAAUCAUAGCCAGUGCACUUUGUGUCCAGCCACUGUCAGGUUGUCAGUGGAGGCUUGCAUGAUGCUGUGAUGCUGAAUAGGUUUCAGUGGAGCUUCCGGACUAAAGAUGGACUGGGAAGAAAGGGCUGGUGAUCUGUGUCCAAAAACCAGCAAUAAAAACCCUGCUGAUCACAAUGGUCUGAUGUACCACUGACCGCGGGGAUGGGGCAGGACUGGGCAGCAUUUUGGUUGUGCAAGGGGUCGUCAUGAGUCAUGGUGACUCGACCGCAGCUGAUAACAGUACAGAGAAAGGGCCUGAGGAUUUAAGAGGUCCAGAAGUGAGUUCGUUAGUGAAGUAAUUGUUAUGUUUUGCUAUAACUUUUUCUGCAUUUUGGUUUUUAGAGUAAGUUAUAUUUUGAAAAGCAGAGUAUUGGCUUUAGCAGUUAUCUACUAGCCAUAUAGCUCACUAGCUACUCUUAUUAAAAUUAGGUUCCCAGUUAAUUCUUAGGCUCCAGAGUAAUAUCAGUGGGUUUGGUUUUUUUAGUUUAGAGUAAUAUCACUUAUGGGAAAAACUUGAGCACUUAUUAUUUGCUCGAGAUUUUCCUUAUGAGCUCUCUUUUUAAGUUUUGGGUAUUAAAACGUUUCCUAUCCAUUGUCUAAGAUUAAUCACAGACUGAUAUUUUGGCCACUUCAGUUGCUUUGCCUACGAUGUGAAAAAUCAACAUCUUCAGCCAUUGCCUGUGGACUAUUAACAAGUCUUGGAAUUUUAAAAUGACUUGGUUGGUUUCAACUGGAUUUAAGAUUCUUUGUUGUAGAUGCAGUCUUGCUGCUAAACACAAAGACUCUUUGAGCACCAUUAUACUGUGUUUUGUUUUAAUGUUAAUAUUGUGGGACUUAGAAUUGCUUGGCUCUUUGUUAACUAAAUGAUUUAUUAAGUGGCAAGAUCUAGGGAGUUAGCCCUUUAAGAAAGGCUCAGCAGGCUCCGUUGUGUUUUAUAGUUCAGGUAGGCUGAAGUAUUUACUCUUCUGUAUUUUUGUAGUUCUCCAUUUUGAGAGUGAAGCUUGGUUUCUUCUCCUGUCUCAAGAAUCAUGCCGUUUCUGGUGCUUGGACUUGGGAGACAGCGGUGCUCUGAGAAAAGGACCUGGCCUCUAUUGCAUAGUGGAUGUGGGACUUUGGGCGUUAUUUCUUUCACUUCGUCUUUUCUGAGAAUUAAAUAGAGUUACCGAAGUGCAUGUUUGGGAUUUUAUUGAAGAAAGCUGGAUACAGUAAACGGAAAGAAUCUUGGAAGAUGCUUGACUGCUGUCUUUUCUCAAACUAGUCUGAAAGGGAAUACUCCCAUUCAUUCUGGAUUGGUGGAUCUGAAGUACAAAAUAUUUUCCAGAACACUUCAGUUAUGGAGGAUCAAAAUGAAGAUGAGUCCCCAAAGAAAAAUACCCUUUGGCAGAUAAGUAAUGGAACAUCAUCUGUGAUCGUCUCCAGAAAGAGGCCAUCAGAAGGAAACUAUCAAAAAGAAAAAGACUUGUGUAUUAAGUAUUUUGACCAGUGGUCUGAAUCAGAUCAGGUGGAAUUUGUGGAACAUCUUAUUUCACGAAUGUGUCAUUAUCAGCAUGGACAUAUUAACUCUUACCUGAAGCCCAUGUUGCAGCGGGACUUUAUUACCGCUUUACCAGAGCAAGGCUUAGAUCACAUAGCAGAAAACAUUCUUUCCUACCUGGAUGCCAGGUCUCUGUGUGCAGCUGAGCUGGUAUGUAAAGAAUGGCAGCGAGUGAUCUCAGAAGGAAUGCUUUGGAAGAAGCUGAUUGAACGAAUGGUACGCACUGAUCCUCUAUGGAAGGGACUUUCAGAAAGAAGAGGGUGGGAUCAGUACCUGUUUAAAAACAGACCCACAGAUGGCCCUCCCAAUUCAUUUUACAGGUCAUUAUACCCAAAGAUUAUCCAGGAUAUAGAGACUAUAGAAUCUAACUGGCGGUGUGGGCGACACAACCUGCAGAGGAUUCAGUGUCGCUCUGAAAAUAGUAAAGGUGUCUACUGUUUACAGUAUGAUGAUGAAAAAAUUAUCAGUGGCCUACGAGAUAAUUCAAUUAAGAUUUGGGAUAAAACCAGCUUGGAAUGUUUGAAAGUGUUAACGGGGCACACAGGCUCUGUCCUUUGUCUCCAAUAUGAUGAACGUGUCAUUGUAACUGGGUCUUCAGACUCUACAGUAAGAGUCUGGGAUGUGAACACGGGUGAAGUUCUGAACACGCUGAUCCACCACAACGAGGCUGUACUGCACUUACGCUUCAGCAAUGGACUGAUGGUGACCUGUUCCAAGGACCGCUCCAUCGCCGUGUGGGACAUGGCGUCUGCCACCGAUAUCACUUUACGCCGUGUCCUGGUUGGCCACCGCGCUGCUGUCAAUGUGGUAGACUUUGAUGAUAAGUACAUUGUGUCUGCCUCUGGUGACAGGACCAUCAAAGUCUGGAGCACGAGUACCUGUGAAUUUGUUCGUACUCUGAAUGGGCAUAAGCGAGGCAUUGCUUGUCUCCAGUACAGGGAUCGACUGGUUGUUAGUGGAUCAUCGGAUAAUACCAUUAGGCUAUGGGAUAUUGAAUGUGGUGCCUGUUUAAGAGUCCUAGAGGGACAUGAAGAAUUGGUCCGCUGCAUCCGGUUUGAUAACAAGAGGAUUGUCAGUGGGGCCUAUGAUGGGAAAAUUAAAGUUUGGGACUUGCAAGCUGCUCUUGACCCUCGAGCUCCGGCAAGCACAUUGUGUUUGCGGACAUUGGUGGAACAUUCUGGACGUGUGUUUCGGCUACAGUUUGAUGAGUUUCAGAUCAUUAGUAGCUCCCAUGAUGACACUAUUUUGAUUUGGGAUUUCUUAAAUGUGCCUCCCAGUGCCCAGAAUGAGACCCGUUCUCCCUCCAGAACAUAUACUUACAUCUCCAGAUAACAGUCUGCACUUUGACCCAUUUCAGGGUUUCCUAGUCUUGAACUACUGGCUACAUGGCUACCAGAUGCCUAAGAGAGUUCAUUCACAGCUGAGCUAUGAAGCUGGAAUUGGUUCUAGAUGCUGGGUAGAUGCAAAGCAGCCUAACUCUUCAAGUACCUACAUUUCUCACCUCCGAUUCCCGGCCUCUACUUUGAGAAGGAUACCUUAGCUUCACUGACUUCAAGUAGAACAGAAAGAAGCCCAUUUUCCUCCCCCCAUCAAUGAAAAAAAAUCUAAUGCUUCAAAUGUAAAUUGUUCAUAUAAAAGGAACGUACAGUCUGUUUUACAGAAGUAAAUUGACCGUCAAGAGAAGACUUGACCUCUAAUUUAUAUUGCUUUGCACUUUGGUCUGAUAUUAAGGAACAGCAUUCUUCUUCGGUGAAAUUUUGGGUGCCAAACACCUACCCAGAAUGUCGAGGGCUUUCCUUUUCAGAAGUCAGCAUUCUCCUUCUGACCGUCCUGACUUGUAUUAGGAGCAUGUUGGACGACGGAAAAAUCUCUCUGGAUCGUUUCAGUCAUAUUUUUUGGAUUACACUUUCUUUCUGUACCAAUUUCUUUUUAAUUUAAAGAACUAUAAACCAGGUUAUAUUAUCUCCCAGCAGGUAAUAUAGCUCCUUUCUUUUACCUGUUCCCUGUACCAUCUCCUGAUAUUUGGUAGAGUAACACCUUUACAUGUGUGCUUGCCUCCUAAUUUAAAAUACCGUAUCCGCAUGUAGAUAUAAUGUACAUAACAUUUUAACCUCAAAGUCGCUGGAGUCAGGGCCCCCUGUGCCUGAGACACUAAUACAGAGUGUGUUCACACUUAGCCAUGGGCUGGGCUCGAUAACCUGAUACUAGGGUUGACAUGGAUUACCUUGAACAAACACUUCCUGCAGUAUUCAUAUGGCGUUUUUAUUUUGUUGUCGUCAUUGUGUGUAUGUGUGUGUGUUUUUAAUGAGAAUCUUGUUUUAAAAUGUAAUUUCUAAUGUUUAACACAAAAUUGAAAUGUUUUAUUUGUUGUGCAGUGUAUACAAUAGAGAGGUACCUUUAAAAAAAAUUUUUUUUGGCGGGGGGCUGUUCUUUUCCUCAUAAGUACUCCUGAAUACUAGUGGUCACUUCCCAUAGUAUUCAUUUGGCUUCACUGUCAACAAUCGUUAUUCUGUGUGUUAGUAAGCCUGGGAGGGACGGAACAAGAAUGCCACGUUGACUGGGUGUUCCUAGCUCUAGAAUCAGUGUAUUUUGGCCGACCUGCAGGAGCCACAGGCUGAAUCUGGUCAGGGGUCAGCAGGGCCUAUGUGCAUGUUUGAGCCUGUCUACUAGGUCAGUCUGGUUCACAGGCCCACCUUGGGGUGAAGGGUACUCCUAAUGGUGACAAAGCCUCAGGCUUGUGAUUCCCAUCCCAGUCAUUCAUCUCUGGUGUCACCUGGCAGUGGCCCCUGCAGGUUCUCUAAGCCCCCAGCCAUUCCGCGUCUCAGAUGUGUGAGUGACACCAUGCGUGGAGAGGACCCUGGUGUCUAGUCGGCACUCCUCUUGCCUCAUUCAGUACUAGAUUUUGAUUUGCCCCUUGCAUUGUUUCCAAAGAUCAAGGAAUGUCAGUAACAUUUUAAAGGACCAAUAAGCCACCACCUAUGACUUAAACCUCUUCCCAUGGAAGCGUCCUUGUACUACUAAAGGGAAGGUCACUGGGCUCUGUCUUGGCCUUUGCGUUGAGAGCGGUGUGGGGAUCAAUGUAUGUGGAUGUGAUUUGUUUAUAGAGUUAGCACUGCUUUUUAGUUUUCCCACCUCCCCCCCUUUUUAAUAUCCUUCCCUCCCAUAUGUUACUAAAUUAAUUUCUGUUUUUGAGAGGGUGCGUCUCAAAGUAUAAAAAGUAAAACUCUGUUCAUCAGGUGGAUGUUGUAAGCUUGACAGUGGCUGUGAAAGUGAUCGAGCUUUUCCCACUCUUCAUCUUACAGCUUUCGUAUCAAGCUGGUUAGGAAGGCCCAGGGGAGGGGUGGGGGGAGGGAGGAGGCAAUUCUUCUGAAAGAAUAGAUUCUUCUGAUGUUUUUGCAUGUUUAAUAUAGAAGUUCCUCUUGUUCCUUGGGAGAUCAUGGCCUUGGAAUAUGCACACAACCUUUGAUUUGUGCCUACUAAAUUAGAGCAGGGGACUUUGACACCAAGGAAUUCCGAUGUUCUGGGAUUAUAGUAGCAAUUCCCAGCCGUACUCUGGACUUUAUUUUGCUAACCAUAAUUGAGCAACUGUAAAUUACUGCUAUAUUAAUGUUUUAAAGCACUGGGAUAGUCUAAUUCUAACUUGUAAUUAAUUAUGUUUGCCAAUUACCCGUUUGAAAUGAAUUUGUGUCUGAACAGCUAUUGAAACUGUUAAAUUGUACAGAUAUUAUUCAUGACAGCUUUGUACUGUGGAAUGUGCUGAAUAAAAAACAAAAAGUUUGACCUUUGUCCAAUAAAUUGCUAAGUAAUGUCAAUAAA